GGUGGACCGGCGUGCACCCAGUCUCUCCACUCGCCCUCGAAAUCCUUCUUGUUUGCUUGGAUUUAUCCCUCAAAUUCUCUCAAUCAUACACAAUUAAAGAAUUGAAGUCUCGGCUGCCAAGAUCGACGCAACAUGACCAAGGCUAUUCACCUUCUCUCCCUCGCUCUCGCCAGCGGUGCUGCCACCGCCAGGACGAUUAAGGUCAAAGUCGCCAACGGUGGCUUGAACUUCGACCCAGACGUCAUCCGUGCGGAACCUGGAGACGAAGUCGCCUUCUACUUCACCAGAGGCUCUCAUGAUGUUACUCUGGGAGAAUUCGACAACGCUUGCCAGCCAGCGGACAACGCAUUCUGGUCUGGCACCAUCAACCUCCCGGAGGGUACUCAAGGCUCUGCCGUCUUCACGAUUCCCAUCGAGGACACAAACCCCAAAUGGAUCUACUGCAGUUACCGGAGACACUGCCAGAAUGGAAUGGUUGGAGUGAUUAACCCACCCUCCGAGGGCGACCAAAACAUCGAUGCCUUCAAGAGCAGAGCUGCUGAGGCUCCAGCCAGCCACCGACCAACAAGCAUCAAUGGUGGUACAUUGAACGUGAUGGGUGACGUUGAUAUUCCCGGCCAUGAUGAGGACGGCGAGUCCCAGGCCCCAUCUGGCACUGGCGACGACUCAAUCCCAACCGCCACCCUGAUUCCCCCAAGCACCACCGACGGUCCUCCCCAGACUACGGGUAGCGAUUCUCCCGCCCCUACUUUCACUGGCGCUGCUGCUCCAGCCCAAGGAAACGGCGCUUUGGGCGCAGUCAUGGCCGGUUUGGCUGUUGGAGCUGCUUGGUUUGGAUUGAUUUAAAUAUGAUUCAGAGUAACAAAUUGUCUUAACAUGUGACUUCGGUAUAAUACCUUUUUUGUUUAACUCCUUGCUUUUCUUGUAAGAGACAUAAUUGAGGAUACUCUUUUUUUUCCUUCUUGGUUACCCCGGGAUAUAUACUGCUUUGAGCUGUAUGUAUAGAUAUUGGGCGUGUCUGCGACC